AUGGAUGGACACAUAAAUAGAUUAAAGAAUGAUUUUAGAAGCCGAUUGUUUUUUAUAUCACAAACUCAUGAUUCAUUUAUGAAAAUACAAGAUAUUGACAUGAUUAAACGAUAUUAUCUAAUCUUAACCAAUGAAUCAUUUCCAUUGAAUGGUAUACCAACAAGCAUAAUAGAUAUCCAUGUUGGAUAUAUCUGGAGUAAUCUUGGAAAUUAUGAAGAAGCUAUUCAAUUCUAUCAGAAUAUUUUAUUGAAUGAUAAUUUUAUUGAUGUUCCAAAAUCGAUUGUUUUUUAUAUAAUUAUUGGUUAUAAUUAUUUUCAUCUAUCAAAAUAUGAUGAAGCGUUUUUGUAUUAUGGAAUAGCAUACUCAUUUGUUAGGUUAUUCCUUUCAGAAUCGUUUUGCAUCCAAUGGUUAAUAGCCAAAGAAGAAUGUAACUGCUACACAUACUUUAUUUCAGCAAAUUAACAACUAUAUAUAGUAUAUCUCAGCUACAGG